AAUGACACGUGGUACAAGAAAAACCUGAAGGCACUCUAUGUAGUACAUCCCACCAACUUCAUUAAAAUUCUGUGGACCAUUUUCAAGCCCCUCAUCAGCCAUAAGUUUGGGAAAAAGGUGACCUAUUUCAACUACCUAAGUGAGUUAAGAGAGCAUCUCAAGUAUGACCAACUGAUGAUUCCUCCUGAGGUUAUUCGACAUGAUGAGAAGUUGAAGAACAUGAGACUGGGCCGCCCGACACCCUUGGUGAAGAUGCCGCCACCCCGCCCUCCACUGCCCACCCAACAAUUUGGUGUCAGCCUAAAAUACAUCAGAGACAAAAAUAAAGGUGAGCUCAUCCCGCCAGUCAUGAAGGAGACUAUGACCUACCUGAAAGCCAAAGGCCUCCACUCUGAGGGCCUCUUCCGAAGGUCAGCCAGUGUCCAGACCAUUAAGGAGAUCCAGAGACUGUAUAACCAAGGAAAGCCUGUGAAUUUUGAUGACUACAAUGAUAUCCACAUCCCAGCGGUUAUCCUGAAGACAUUCCUUCGAGAGCUUCCUCAGCCACUGCUGACCUUUGAAGCCUAUGAACAGAUCCUGGCAAUCACCAGUGUAGAGAGCAGCCUGCGGGUGACUCGCUGCAAGGAGAUUAUUGGGAGCCUUCCGGAACACAAUUAUGCCAUUCUUAAGUACCUCAUGGACUUUCUACACAUGGUUUCCCAAGAGUGCAUCUUUAACAAAAUGACAAGCUCCAACCUGGCCUGUGUCUUUGGGCUGAACUUAAUCUGGCCAUCCAGCGGAGCCUCUUCCCUCAACGCCCUGGUGCCUCUUAACCUGUUCACAGAACUGAUGAUUGAUUUCUAUGACAACAUCUUCAGCUCUCGGGAGGUCUCACCCUAGACUGACGACGCCAGGAAAUGCUUGGACUCCGUGAUCUCUAAGCUCCCUUCUGACUCCGUUAUUCUGUGGUCUGAACUUGGAAGUUCCUCUUAUCUGUGACAUUUCUUCGUUCUAGGUCCUGUGUUCUCUCUUCUAAAGACCCUGCAAGCUUUGACAUUCUGUGCUGAAGGACCUCACUCAGUUUUAAUGUUCUGUGUUCUUACAUUCCUCCAAUGUUCUUCUUGACAUAGGUGGAUUAUCCCAUGCAAAGCUAUGGUAUGGCCCCCUAUUCACAGCCCACUUAACACUACAAUAUCAGCCAUGUUGGAAACGCCUAUCUAAAAGUUGGGACAUAUUUCCAAUCUUGAAAUGUCUUACUGUGCUCAUUUCCCCCUGGAAAUGAUUGGUGAACUGUUUGAAUGGGUGAACUGUAUGAAUCAUGUUGGCUUUCUGAAGCCUCUUAGAAAAAAACAAAACAACCACCAAAGAGAUUAAAUGUUUUCAGGACUAAAAAAAA